AUGAUGUCUCUGUGUAGAAGCGGAGAUGUGGCGCGUCUCACCGCCACCCAGCCGGCACUGGCGCAGACGACGAUGACGACGACGCUGCAACCGCGGCCCGAAGACAACAACAACGACAGCGGCGCCGGCCCGUUCACGUUCUUUCCGGGCAAGCCGCGGUGGACGCGGCCGGACAGGGUACUGACAUACGCCGUGUCGCCGACGGCCACCGCCGACCACCUCCCGCCGAGCGCCGUGCGAGCCGCGCUCCGGAGCGCGUUCGCGCGGUGGGCGGACGUGAUCCCGAUGAGAUUCCUGGAGGCGGAGCGCUACGACGCGGCGGACAUCAAGGUCGGCUUCUACCUCUACACCGACGGCCGGUGCGACGGGUGCGCCUGCAUCGACAGCGACGACGACGACGACGACGGGGACGACUGUGAAGGAGUGCUCGCUCACUCCUCCAUGCCGGAGAAGAGCGGGCAGAUCCACCUCCACGCGGCGCACAGGUGGACGGUGAACCUGGCCGCGGACACGGCGCCGCUCGCCGUCGACCUGGAGUCGGUGGCGGCGCACGAGAUCGGCCACGUGCUCGGCCUCGACCACUCGUCGUCGAGGAGCUCGAUGAUGUACCCGUUCAUCAGCUGCAGGGAGAGGAAGGUGCGCCUCACCACCGACGACGUCCACGGCAUCCAGGAGCUCUACGGGGCAAACCCACAUUUCAGCUUCGGUGCCUACUUCAAGCAGGACAUCUUGUCGCGCAUCCAACAGAUGAAGAAAGAGAAGAAGAAGAAAGCUCGCGGCAGCUCUUUUUGGCAACGUGGUCUAGCUCUCACUUGUGCCGUAAUUGUUACCAUGAUCCCACUCCCACUUUCAUUGAAUAAACUUCUUUAG